CCUUUUCUGGCCAGCAGGCGGGCACAGCCAAGCCAUGCCCGGAAGUGGAUUAGGGGGAAUCCUCUCAGUUCGCUUCAGUCUCCGGAUCUGUGAUCUGUUCGGCUGGCAGGAUGGUGGUUCUGAAAGGGAUCCCCUCUAUUUUAUCGCCUGAUCUGCUGUAUGUUCUCGCCAAAAUGGGCCACGGGGACGAGCUGGUUCUUGCUGAUGCCAAUUUCCCCGCAUCUUCUAUCUGUGCUUGUGGUCCAAAGGAGAUAAGAGCGGACGGUUUGGGAAUCCCGCAGCUCUUAGAGGCUAUCUUAAAGCUUUUGCCUUUGGAUACAUAUGUCCCCAGCCCGGCAGCAGUCAUGGAUCUGGUAGACAGCGACAAACAGAGAUGUUUAGCCGUCCCUGUGUGGGAGACGUACGCACACCUCCUCCACAUGGCAGACUCACAGAGUCCUCUGGAGAAAGUGGAAAGAUUUACUUUCUACGAACGAGCCAAGAAGGCCUACGCCGUCGUGGCAACAGGGGAAACUGCUCUGUAUGGAAACUUGAUAUUGAAGAAGGGAGUUAUCCCUCCUGAGGAGAUGCAGUGAAGAAAACAUGGUUUAGACAGAGGUUUCUAUGUUUAAUAUCAUUUAGGAAUCUGAGUCACACAUUGCAAUAUUUUUUGUUAAAAUAAAAUACAGUUUUAGGUUAUUUUAAUUUUUUUUGGAAAUCCUCUGUUCAUUGAUUGAAAGGGCGUCAUCCUAUACGUACCCGGGGCAAAUGUUUGGAUUAACAGAGCACAAUUAUUGUAAAUAUCACCAAUUUAGUCAAGUAACCUAAAUCAAAGAUUAGUUUUUAUUUUAGAAGUAAAUCAUGUUUCACAUUUUGUGCAAAGAAAAAGCAUGUAGAAGCCACUUUUCUAUCUGUUAUAUGUUAUGGUGAUAUGUUAUUUACUGGACAGCCAUGCAGCAUCGUCGACUUUAAAAAGACUCGAUGCCAUCCGUCAUGCUUCUCUGUGGUAUUCUUUAUGAGUUAGUCGGCUGGACUUUAUUAAGUGUUGGUAAACAAUGUCAUUGGUUUUUGUUUACAUAGAAAGCUUUGCUGGGUAAAAUCCCACAGUGCCUCAGCACACUUCUGUCCAUCUGCUCUAGCAUCCGCCACAUUUUUUCUCACCAGUAGCUUUGAAAUGUUGCCGGAGUUUCGACAGUCUUUGGUAAAACAUGGUUGCUCUGGCAUGCAUCGAGGUCAUGAGAUAUUCUUCAAACAUCCUAAAUCACAAAUAUUCAAAUCCAUAAUGCAUUUUAAGAAUAUCACAAAAGAUGCAGUGAAGGUUGUGCUUUUUUUGUUGUUUUUUGCUGACAGUUUCCUCAGUUAUAAUUUUAAUGUUUUAUUUCCUUUUUGUUGUGUGAUUGAUCACAUUGUCUAUGGUUAUAUGUGGGGCUGGGCGAUAAUGGUUUGAAAAUAAAAUCUAUUUUAUUAUACCAA